AUGUCGUACCAAGGCUACGGCCAGCAGCAGCAAUACGGUCAACCGCCCCCCCCCCAGCAAGGGUACGGACAGCAUCCCCCCCCGGGUGGCCAGUAUCCUCCGCAGGGUAACUACCCUCCCCAAGGCGGCCAGUAUCCCCCCCAAGGCGGCCAGUACCCCCCCCAAGGCGGCCAGUAUCCUCCCCAGGGUGGCCAGUAUCCCCCCCCGGCCGGCCAGUACCCGCCCCAGCAAGGGGCGCCGCCGCAGGGAGGGUACUACCAGCAGCAGCCUCCGGCCGGCCAGUACGGCGCUCCUCCGUACGGCCAGCCGCCGCCGCCGCAGCAGCAGCCGUACGGUGCUCCUCCUCCGCCGCAGCAGGCCUACGGUCAGCAGCCGCCGCCGGGCCAGUACGGCGCGCCCUACGGUGCGCCCCCGGCUCACCAGCAGCCGCCGCAGCAGUACGGCCCCCCCGUGCCGCCGACGCCGCCGUCCCUCGGCUACGGCGCGCCCCAGGUGAUCCAGUGGGACGGCACGUCGGACGCGCAGGCGCUGCGGACCGCCAUGAAGGGCUUCGGCACCGACGAGGCGAUGCUCAUCAAGGUCCUCUCCAGCAAGGACCCGCUUCAGGUGGACGUGAUCCGGAACGCCUUUGAUCGCAACUUCAGGCGCAACCUCGUCAAGGACAUCAAGAGCGAGACGAGCAGCUGGUUCGAGUUUGGCCUCGUCCAGCUCGCCCGCGGGCCCCUCCUCGCCGACGUGCACAACCUCUUCGACGCCAUGGCCGGGCCCGGCACCAAGGAGCUCGUCCUCAACGACGUCCUGCUCUCGAGGUCCAACGCCGACAUCAAGGCCAUCAAGAGCGCCUACCGGUCCACCUUCCACAAGAGCCUCGAGGAGGACGUCAAGGGCGACCUCAGCAUGAAGACGGAGCGCCACUUCCUCAUGGUCCUGUCGGCCAACCGCGCCGAGGACGCGGCGCCGGUGAUUCCGCAGCAGGUCGACGACGACGUCAUGCAGAUCUACAAGGCCACCGAGGGCAAGACGGGCACCGACGAGAUCCUCGUCUGCAGCAUCUUCUCGCACCGAAACGACAACCAGCUGCGGGCCAUUGCCCACACGUACAGGCAAAAGUUCAACCGCGACCUCGACAAAGUCAUCAAAUCGGAGUUUUCCGGCCACAUGGAGGAUGCCCUCCUCUUCCAGCUCAACCACGCCGUCGACAAGUACAUGCACGCCGCGACGCUCCUCGAGGAGGCCAUGGCCGGCAUGGGCACCAACGACAACCUGCUCGUCUCCCGCGUCGUGCGCUUCCACUGGGACCGGAGCUUCCUCGCCAACGUCAAGGGCGCCUACCAGCAAAAGUACCGCACGAGCCUCUCGAGCCGCAUCAGGAGCGAGACGUCGGGCGACUACAAGAACCUUAUGCUGGCCUGCGUUGGAGAGUAG